AAUGGCUACUGUUCCACCAACCGGUGGAAUUUUAGAAGCAGUGUUUGAAGAAUAUUACACAAAAAUAGCACGACCUUCUACCGAAAAAAUUUGUGAAUUAACAAACGAAGUUUAUGCAUUACUUGAAAAAUUAAUACCAAAAUUAAAGGUUUUGUUGGCAAAAGUUGGAGCUAAGUUUUUGAAAGUUGAAUAUUGCGGAAGUGUUUUUAAUGGAACUUGUACAAGUGACUGUCCAAUUGCUGAUGUACUUAUAGUUCUUGAUAAAAAAGAGACUAAAAUCAAAUCAAAAGAACCUGGUUUUAAAUGGUUGCUGGCAGAACGAUUUAAAACGGAUGGACCAAAAAAAGACGGUUAUAGAUGGGCCAGAUGUUCAGACGGUAUUCACUUAUCAAGUCAAAUGCUCUUAGACAACUUGUACCGUUGUACAAAAACAUCUCUUAUGACAUCUCCAGACAUAACUGUUUCGAAAAAUACGAACGAAAAUGUCGUAGAAGUGAGAAAAGACAAAAAAAUAAUAUACUUUACCCCAGCUUUGAAUUUAGAUGGAAACUCUUUUGCCGUAAGCAGAUUUUACGCUAAUGAUUCCUAUCAAACUAAUGAACUUUACUGGAGACUUCAUCAUGAUAAAAAGACUACGUCCCUAUUGUCGAUCUGUGAUAAGGCAGACGAAGGAGUUCGACGAAAAUCACUAAUUAUAUUAAAGUCAUUUUUUAGACGAGAACCAAGUUUAAGUUACUUAAAGAAUCAUCAUAUUCUACACGCAACUUUGCACAGUCUCGACUUAGAAGUUGAUCAUAUUCAAAGAUGGCAAAAAUGGCGAUUGGAUGGAACUGUCUUAAGAAUAUUAGAAGAAAUUAAGUUGAAUUUAAAAAACAAUUUUAUGGCGGAUUUUUUUAUACCAGGUAGAAACUUAUUCUAUGGCAUUGAGAAGAGUUGUAUAGCUAAUAUGCUAAGUAGACUGACUUUCAUUCUAGAUCAUCAUUGUUAUUUCGCCAGAUUAUUACAUAAACAAUGGCGAGAUAUAGCAUUUGAAGAAGAUACAGGCUGA